AGCGUCGUGACCUGCAUCUCUCGUAGCGGGGCUCAUCCACACGGAGUCUGGAGGAAACCGGCUCGUCUCUCCCGCCACGGAACAUGUGAGGAAGGGCCGACACCUCCAGAAACCACCGGGAAUCGAACCGUGUACAGGCAGGCUGUUCCGGAAGGAGGGAUGCCGGUGGAGAGUGGGACCAGCGCCGCCGCCCGCCAGGCCAAGCAGAAGAGGAAGUCCCACAGUCUGUCCAUCCGCAGGACCAACAGCACGGAGCAGGAGCGGUCCGGCCUGCAGAGAGACAUGCUGGAGGGACAGUCCCCUGAUAAUCUGGAGUCUUUCAUGAGAAUGGAGGACUCCAAGCUGCCCGUGUCUCUGAGGAGCAAUCUGCUGGACCUGUUCAGCCAGAUCGAGAGGGAGUUUGAAAACCUCUACAUAGAAAACCUGGAGUUACGCAGAGAAAUCGAAACGCUGAACGACCGACUGGCUCCGGACGGACAGACCUUCGAGGGGGCGGAUUUAGCCAAAGGAGCUCUGAAAACAAAAGCGAGUCACAGCACGAGUCAGCUGUCACAGAAACUGAAGACCACCUACAAGGCUUCCACCAGCAAACCGCGUUCUAAUUCUUGCCACGCCAGAGUAGGCGGAACCCGCAGCUUCAGCGUAACCGGCUGGGAGUUGUGGGGUGGAGACUCAUGGAUUGUGUCCAGUUUCAAAGCGACCACGUCCCGAGCCGUGUGCCAGCUGGUCCGGGAGUACGUGGGCCACAGAGAUGGCAUCUGGGACCUCAGCGUCACCAGGACACAGCCGGUGGUGCUGGGAACAGCCUCUGCAGACCACACUGCGAUGCUGUGGAGCAUUGAGACUGGGAAGUGCCUCCUCAAGUAUUUGGGCCAUCAAGGAUCAGUCAACUCCAUCAAGUUCCACCCCACUGAGCAGAUGGCUCUCACAGCCUCCGGAGACCAGACCGCUCACAUCUGGAGGUACAUGGUCCAGCUUCCGACUCCGCAGCCUGUUGCUGAUAUGAGCCAGACGCCCUGUGAGGACGACGUGGACUUUUCUGAUAAAGACGAGGCCGACGGGGAAGUGGAGGGUCCAAACGAUUGUCCCUCUGUCCGCGUGGCGACCACGACUCUGCGGAGCCACCAGGGCGUGGUGAUCGCGGCUGAUUGGCUGGUGGGGGGCAAACAGGUGGUGACGGCCUCCUGGGAUCGAGCCGCCAACCUGUACGAUGUGGAGACGUCCGAGCUGGUUCACUCACUCACUGGUCAUGACCAGGAGCUGACCCACUGCUGCACACACCCCACCCAACGUCUGGUGGUCACCUCGUCCAGAGACACCACCUUCAGACUGUGGGACUUCAGAGAUCCGUCCAUCCACUCUGUCAACGUGUUCCAGGGACACACUGACACGGUGACCUCGGCUGUCUUCACGGUGGGAGACAACGUUGUGUCCGGCAGCGACGACCGAACCGUCAAAGUGUGGGACCUGAAGAACAUGAGGUCGCCCAUCGCCACCAUCCGCACCGACUCGGCUGUCAACAGGAUCAGCGUGUCGGUGAACCAGAGAAUCAUCGCCCUCCCUCACGACAAUCGGCAGGUCCGACUGUUCGACAUGUCGGGGGUGCGACUGGCUCGACUCCCGCGGACCAACAGACAGGGUCACCGGCGCAUGGUGUGCUGCUCCACCUGGUGUGAGGACAACGCCUCCUGCAACCUGUUCAGCUGUGGCUUCGACCGGCAGGCCAUCGGCUGGAACAUCAACAUCCCCGCCCUGCUGCAGGAGAAGUGACCUCCUCCUGUGAGCUGCCAGUGACACUCCACCCAGAGCUGGGGGUGUUUGGAGUCAACCACCUGUCGGCUGAGGAGGCGGCUGUCAAAGGUGUCCCCCUGCUCUUGUCUGUGAGAUCUGAAUGUAAUUAACGACUCAAUGAGAAUGACUCUUCACAGCCGUCUUCUCGAGCCGACAGGUCCUCCAAUCUACCUGAGAAGGAACCAAGGACCUGUUCUCGCUGCCUGCUGCACCUGCCUCAGUCUGGAAAUCACCUCCACUGAAACAACCCCAACACAACUGUGUGUCUUCUGUGUGGAGCUGAUUCCUCGACGUAAGAAAACAGAAACCAAACUGAUGAAAAAAGCACAGAGUUCUAACAGGAGAGGUAAAAACCUGUGAGACAACAAAUCGUCAAGUUUGGCAGAAAUAAUCCACAAGUUUAAUUAGUUAUGGGUCGUUUAUUUCUGGAGUUAAUAUUCGAUUAACUUGUUGAUUUGAACUUUUGAUUCCAAAUUGUUCUGUGUGGCUCCUGAGAUUCACAGCGUCUCAUCUAUGAUCCACAUUAUACUAAGAAAAGCUUUUCAACGUGUUGUUGUGUUUUGUCGGGUGACAGUUUGUUGUGGGUCGGUCCUGCUCAGUGUGUAGACGUCUCUGUCUGAGUGAGUAAUACACCUUUAAAUAAAUAUACCAGUCGCUGUUUUAGAAAAGAUAACUCCAGCGUUUGAACACAGAAAUAGGGGAAAGUUAAACUUUUCUCUUUUAAGUGAAAUUUGUCUGGUUCUUCUUCGGUGGUUUCUUGAAAAAGAUCGAAAAAGAUGUUUGUUAGGUAAUUUAGAAUGUAAUUACAGAUGGACGACCCGUGUCCACUUCCUCCUGUUGUACAAAAAUAUAACCAAAAUAUCAGGGUUCCGCCAUCUUGUGCUCGUUGACGUCAUGUGGAGGCGGAGUCUGUGCAGGUCCUGCUGAUUCACAGGCUCGACCAAUCACGACGUCUCAGCACGUUUAUACCAUCAAAUAACCAGUUGAAACCAAACAGUGAUAAGAUAAACUCCUGGAAGAGUUUCCUCCAUCUUUUCUUUUCACAGUUGAUGAGUCGUUAGUCCACAGAGAGAACUCGUGGGUUAGGGUUGAAGCAGGAGAAAGUAACAGUGACACUGUUUCAUGUGGAGGAAGGUCGAGUUGCUUUGGACACGUUGCACAGAAAAAAUAACACAUUUUAUAAUUUUAUCAAAACUAAUUUUUUUAAUUAAUUUAAAAGGCUUGAUUCUAAAUAUGUCGUAUUUGGUGUUCAGUAUUAAACGGGACGUUGAAACCCUCUGAUGCCCGACCUGCCUGUCGUAUCAGCACUUAACACGAUUGUUAAAAAAGAUAACAGCAAGGUUUUUAUUUGUAAUUCAUGGCAAAACCCUUUAGUCGUUAGUGCUGAAUCACUGUCGUGGGGAUUCUGUCGGUGUCAUGUUUGUCGUGGUACUUUUAAAAACAAGUCAAAGAGUGUUGUGAUGCUUCCUCACUGCCAGAAAAACACUGAACACGUGUUCAAGUGAAUGGGAGAGGCUGAGAUGAUGUGUGUCUGUGUGUGUCUGUGUGUGUCUGGUGUUCCAAGUCAAUGUUUAAAAACGUGGUGCAGCUGUAGUUCUCACGUGUGUGUGGUUCAGCUCGUUACACAAACAAGCACAGUUCAUCUCACAGUGAUCACGUUUCUCAUUUUUGAUUCGUGGAGCUCGUCUUUCUGUUUGUAACGAAGCUGCGAGUUCCAACCUGAAAGGAAGGAGCCCGACAGAUUCUGGUCUUGGGUUGAUACCGAUAUUGGGAAGUAAAAACUCCUUUCGAUAUAUAUUAGCCGAUAAAAUAAACCAAAAAUAAGACAAAAUAUAAACAUGAGUAAAGAUCUUUUAGGCUUUAUUUCGUCUGUUAUCUGCAAACUCAAACACAGAUGCUGAUUUGAUAUAGAUCUCAUUUCAGACAACUACAUCCUCUUUGGAGAAGUAGUCCCUGACCUUCCUGCCCGUUUGGGGUCGACUGAAUAACUAUUAACAGUCUCUGCUGUGAUUAGAGGUAAUACUUUGAAAUUAAUAUUCUGCAAACCUAUGAAUCAGUCGGGCUCUGGACGUGACAGAAGUUUCUCUCCUUCGAGGCUAAAAACCACCUUUUAUUUCCAGUGUUUAAUAUGAAAACAAUUAUCGAGCCCAUUGAAAUGUAUUUCGAGCAAUAGAGAAGUGUCCGUAAUGAUUUCAGUGUAAUAACACACGUACUAAUGUAGUUACGUGUUAUUCUCGCUAACUAAGCUCUAACCGUGUGUUUGUGGCUGUGUGUUACAGCUGCAGCUCUUUAAUCAGCUUUUAUAUGACAUGAUGCCACAUUUCAUAUUUCUGAAUUUUGCAACGUUUAGUUUGUGUGAAGAACAUUAAAAUCUGUGUGAGUGUGUGUUUGUGUUUGAUCUUUACUUUUUUACCAAACACUGAGCCACUUUCAUAAUUCACCAGUUCCACGUGAAUGUUCAGUCCCGGUGAAAACACACGAGCUUCAGCCAUCGCUCAGCCGCCAUCGUGUUGAGUUCUGUGUGAUGACAGGAAACUGUGGAUUGUAACUGGAACAUGCGUCUGCUUGUGAAAUCAAAUAAACCAUUGGUAGUGUU